UUUGCAAGCUCAGUAGGGGAACAUCGCGCUAACAUUUAGUGAUAAGAGUUGAAACGCAUAAACAAUAAUAUAAUUUUCAAUAAAACUAGGAAGUGUCAUACAAAUUAAGUAUGGGAAGAACUUCCGUCCUUUUACUCUGCACACUGGUGCUACUAUCAACAGCUGUUCACUUCACUGCAACAGCGCCUGCCAAUGGAAGUGUUCUUGUUUUUGAUACCGAAAUUGAAAAUACUGUAUUUCAAUUCUAUGUAGAUGUCUUUAAAUAUAUUCAUCAUUCGGUGAGGUGCAGUAGUGCGUUCCUUGAAAGGGUGUUACAAGACGAAGUGAUCGCUCAAAAUGAUAACAUGGAUCAGGAUAAAGUAGCAUUCCAGGAGUAUAUUCAAGAGGCUCAUGAGCGCAGUAAACCACUGCCAAAGAAUAUUACCGCAUUGGAUGGCUUCCUGCAUAUCGUUGCUGCCAUACACACCUUCAAUGUAUUUGAGGAUAUCUUGCAACGCUACAACACGACCGCCCUGAAUGCGCCCACCAACGAGGUUGUACUCAUCGAGGCAGCGCUUAAGCGAAAUGGUUUGGAUGCGUUGAUCAGUGAUUUGAAAACGAAAAAAAUGGAAUUUAUAAAUAAGUUUUUGCGAAAUAUGAGCAUUUGCGUGGCGAAUUUGUCGGAGGAAGAUAGACUUAAGGACUGGAAAGUGGUGGAAUGGUACCAGAGCUAUAGUAAAAAAUCGGAUGAGGAGAGAGCGAAUGAUGUAUUUACGCUCUUUUCGAGUAGGUUUGGAAGAUUUUGAAGCGAAUAAAUGUGGAACAUCCAAAGGCACAAUUGAAUGAGGGGGUUUUGUUUUGCAACAACUUAGUCGAUUUCGCACUUUCUACAUGCAGACAUUAAAUUGCUGGGCUUUAACGCAAAUUUAGACUACUUACAACUCAUAUCUGUAAAUUAAGAACGCAACUUAAUAAAAGUUAAGUCCAAAUAUACAAAUUUUUUGUAAAAUAUCUGUUUACUAUGUGGCUUUACAAAAAGUCCCCGGCAUUGUAAAUGUGCCGGUACUAUUUUACAGUUAGAUAUAAUCAAUAAAUGAAUCAUAAGUACUUACAGAUAAGAAAACGAGUUUUGUGGGGCUUUUUUUGUGAGCGACUGAAUAUCGAGUGCUGUCAAUACAGUUAUGUUAUCAAUUAAAUGGCAAAUCCCCUGCAGUUAAUUUCAGCAUUACUGGAUUUCAAAAGUAGUGACUUUAAAACCAUGUAAGCGCUUUUCUCUUUUCUAUAUAAGAAACUGGUGAAUUUUACAUGAGAAAGGGUUCAUGAAGCAAAUAAUUUGAAACAAUUGGUGUUCAUACAAAGUAGGGGAAAGUGAAAGAGAGAGAGAGAGCACUUCAUUUUGAGGGAAAGUUGCAAGUUUUACUGCUUAAAUGUUUACUUGUAAGAAUGAGCAAGUGAGAAAAACAGCUGAUCGCAAAAUAAAAAUAGACCCGAAUUAAAAUUUGCAAAUUGAGUCAAAAUUCUGGCGUGCAUUUUAUUGCAUUAUUUUGCAUUUUACUUGCUUUAUUUUUUUAAUUUUUUUAAUUCAUCUCAACUGAAACAAAUUUUAAUUUUUGU